UGAAAACACAUACAAAGUGUAUAAUCAAAUGAUUUUAGAAAUACUUGAUUUAUUAAUUCAAUUUCUUGGAUUAGAAUUCUUAAAAACAUUCGUAGAUCGAAUAAGUGCUUAUAUUACUCAGGCCAUAUUUUAUAUCAAAGCGAAAAUUUCGUAAUUGAUAAAAACUCAGACUUGUUGGUAAACACUGAUGAUCGAAAAAGAAAGAUCACCAUACACGCUGGAUUAUUGACAUUUUGUCAUUAGCAUAAAUACAUAAAAAAUAUUCUAUAGAAAACAAAGAUUAACAAGAAAUAAAAUUAUAUGAAAUACGCAGUAGUGUAAUAUUACAUAGAAAACAAAUUCUGGGUUACUUGAUAAAAGAACUGUAAAAAAAUACGUCAAAAGUUCUAAUAAUACAUUUUCAAUACAGGACCUAAGCUGUCAAAUAAAAUUUCUAGUUUUUUGUUGAUGUAAAUCAUGGUGGAGCCGAUUUUUGAUUAUCAAUUUCGUCUUAUUUUGAUCGGAGAUUCGACCGUAGGAAAAUCAUCAUUGUUAAAAUUUUUCACUGAUGGAAAGUUUGCAGAGUUAUCGGAUCCUACUGUUGGAGUAGAUUUUUUUGCCAGAUUAAUUGAAAUGAAAGAUGGCACUCGAGUUAAAUUGCAACUUUGGGAUACAGCCGGACAGGAACGUUUCCGUUCAAUUACAAAGUCUUAUUAUCGUAAUUCUGUUGGUGUCUUAUUAGUUUAUGAUAUCACAAAUCAUGCAAGUUUUGAGCAUAUACCAGUAUGGAUGAUGGAAGCACAAAGACACAUUGAACCGCAUCGUCCAGUUUUUGCGCUAGUUGGAGCAAAACUGGAUCUAGUCAACAAUAUGGGUGGUAGGCGUGAAGUUACAACUGAAGAAGCUCAAGCAUUUUCUAAACAGCAUGAUUUACAUUUUGUAGAAACUUCAGCUCGCACUGGGGUAAAUGUUGAAGAAGCAUUUAGAAUGGUUAGCCAGGAAAUAUAUGCAAGAAUAAAAAGUGGUGAAUAUAAAGUAGAAGAUGGAUGGGAUGGUAUUAAAACAGGUUUUACAAGACCAAAUAACCUUGAUUUUAAUUUAGUUGUUGCUGAACCUGAACAAUCCUCCUGUUGUUGAUUUUGUUAAUUUUUUAAUUAAAAAAUUUAGUUUCUUUUUUUUAUAAUUUGUAUAUUUUAUUAACACUAAACAAAAGCGUUUUGUGUUCUUUUAAAUAAAUUAUUCUGGAGAUGAUAUUAAAUUAGGUUAGACUGACACAAUGAUUAAGUAAAUCGAAAAGAAAAAAAACAUAAUAUUAAGAGAUAAGAGUAGAAUCUAAUAAAAACAGCUUGGAAAUAAAUUUUCAACUAUUUGAUUAUACAUACAUACAUAUAAAAAAUUUUGACUAAUUUAAAUUUUUUACAACUUUUGUAAUGUUUUUAUAUGUUUUUAUGUUUUUUAUUUGAAAAAAGAACAAAGAAUUUUUAAACUUAAAUUAAAUUUUUCCCAUCUUUUCUGAUUUAACUUAGUAGAAAACUAAAUCUAUUUGUAUACUUUUUAUAAAAGAAAAUCUGCUGCAGUGGAAUAAAUUAAAGAUAAUUUUAAUGUUUACGCAAAAACUAGUUAAAUUAUAUUAAUUUUAACGGUCAUGUUUAAUAUUGAACGAAUUUUCUAUGCUGCUAUAAUAAUGAACGGAAUUUAAAAUUAAAACGUCUACACAAAAUAUUCAAAAAUUUUUGUUGAAGACUUUAUUUAAAUAAACUUAAAAAAUUACAGUUUUUCAAAUGGUUUCGUUUAAAAUAUUUUAAUUAAUUUAAUUUGCAAAAAAAAAAUUAGAAAGGUAUUUUAACAAUCGUACAACUUAUUGAAAAAACGUUACAAGUGACUGUUUAAUACAUUAAUAAAUUGCAACUUUUUAAAAAUAUUACACUUCUGCAGGUUUUUGUUUUUAAAUUUACAAAUGUUGCCAAAACUUAAUAUUAUAUUGCUAUAAACUAAAUUUGAUUAAGUAGAUUUUGAUUCAUUUUUUAUGUUUAAAUAUUAACAUAAAUUUACUUUUAAAAUCUUUACAACAAAAAAUCAAAAAAUUUGAUGGUAUAGUUAGUUACCUUAGAACCAAAGAAAAAACUUUGUAUUACUCACGUAAAGUUAAAAUAAAAAAAAAACGAAUUAUAAAUUAAUAAUGUAACUUUUGUAUUUAAUUCAAUUUAAAAAUUAAUUAGGCACGAUUAUAUAAUGAAUAUAUAUUUGCAACCUGUAAAAUAGUUGUAUAAAAUUUAUCAAAUAUUUAAAUAUUUGUCUACCAGAUUGGCUGAAAUUAAGAUAAGAGUUAGUAACUUAAAUUUCUUAAUCAAAUAAAUUCAAUUACGAAAAAAAAAACAAUAAAUAUAGCAAGUUAAAGAUA